UUUUAAACCUGUGGAGAACGCAUUUUGAACGGGCUAAUUAGCUACAUCUAUUCAUAUCUAGCUCAUAGGCUAGCAUGAUGCAGACAGCAGAUCGGGGACCGCUGAGGACACUCUUCAGACUUCUGUCUCUGUCUAGACCCGAUGUGGUACCAAUAUGUGGGGCUUUCCUGUUCCUUGUUGCGGCUGUUAUUGGUGAUAUGCUCAUGCCUGCAUUUACUGGUCAAAUAAUUGACGCCUUGAAUUCAAAAUUUGAUAGUAAUGCAUUUGCAAGUGCAAUUUUCUUCAUGGGGCUUACUUCUUUUGGAGGGUCUUUUUCCGCUGGAUGCCGAGGUGGAUUGUUCAUGCUCACAAUUUCCAGGCUUACAAAAAGAGUCCGGGAACGUCUUUUUGGUUGUUUCGUCAAACAAGACAUAGCAUUCUUUGAAACAACAUCAAAAGGUGAUAUCACCACAUGUUUGUCUAGUGAUGCAUCUCUGAUGAGCCGGUCUCUGGCUGCAAAUGUCAACAUUCUUCUGCGCAGUCUUGUUAUGACUAUCGGCAUCUACUGUUUCAUGAUUCAGCUCUGCUGGCCCCUGGCCUUGCUCAGUGCUCUUGAGUCACCAAUUACUAUCACUGCUGAGAAAAUAUACAACAAGUACUAUCAGGGGCUGGUGAGUUCAGUGAAAAAGUCCAUAGUAAAAAGUAACCAGGUUGCUGGAGAAAGCAUUUACCUUAUCAGAGCUGUCAGGAGCAAUGGGGCUGAGAUGGUGGAGCAGAAGAUGUAUAAUGCCAGACUUGAAGAAACAUACCAUUUUAAAAUACGCAGAGACAGUGUCAGAGCUACUUACUUGCUAUUCAUGAGGUUAUUUCAGUUAAGCAUGCGGGUGCUGAUCAUGUGGUAUGGGCAGCAAAUGAUCAAAUCAGGUCAAAUGACUCCUGGAAACCUUGUGUCCUUCAUACUCUACCAAAUGGAGAUUGGAGGCUAUGUACAAACCUUAGUUGAACUGCAUAUGGACCUUAUUGAGUCACUGGAGUCAGCUGACAAAGUCUUUGAGUAUAUGGAUCACAAACCAUCUGUUUUAUGUGGUGAGCUUGCACCUGACCAGCUCAAAGGACAUGUGAUGUUUAAAAACAUUAGCUUCUCAUAUUCAUCAUGCCCAGACAAGAAAGUACUGGAGAAUGUCUCAUUUGAGAUGAAACCAGGGUCAAUCACUGCACUAGUGGGUGUCUCAGGUGGGGGGAAAAGCACCUGCGUAGCCCUGUUAAAGCACCUUUAUGAGCCCCAGUCUGGUGAACUUCUCCUGGAUGGAAGGCCCCUAAAGGAAUAUGAUCACAAGUACUUUCACCAAAAGGUAGCUGUUGUGAGUCAAGAACCAGAGCUUUUUGCCUGCUCUAUUCAGAACAACAUCACUUAUGGCCUUGACAGUUACUCUGAAGAUGUGCUUCAGACUGCAGUUAAACAGGCCCAUGUUAACAGCUUUGUUCACUCUCUGAAAGAAGGCUAUGAUACAGAUGUUGGAGAGCGUGGUGGUCUUCUCUCUGGUGGUCAGAAGCAGCGCAUUGCUAUUGCCAGAGCUCUUAUCAGACAACCUCAGAUCCUCAUACUGGAUGAGGUCACCAGCAGCCUGGACACUGAGAGUGAAAAAAUGAUCCAAAACGCACUGGCAUGUUUCACCACUCAAACCACAUUGAUCGUGGCUCACAGGCUGAAGACCAUUGAGAAUGCAGAUCAAAUAAUAGUGAUUGAUAAGGGCAUGGUAUCUGAGAAAGGCACUCACAUGGAGCUGAUGGAGAAGAAAGGAAUCUACUACAGACUAAGAGAGAGUCGAUUUAAUGAGGACAACAUUGAAGCUACUGAUUAGCUAACCAACU